AUGUCCCUUGGAUUGUCUUCUGUUGAGGAUGACAGUGACGGUCAGAAUGAUAAUUACGUCUCCUUCGACAAACUGGUCGCGCAAUACUUCCAGCAGGUUGAACCCCACCUGCUAGAAUUCCCCGAUGGCAGGACCAUGAUCAAAUCUGCCGCUCAAUCAGCCCUCUACCAACGCAUGUUCAACGAGGCGGCCCUGUGGCCGAUUCCUCCCCUGAACUACCGGGCUCGUGUUCUAAAGAAUAUCUUGUCUAUACUGGAAGAGUCAAUUUCGGACCCUGAAGAGGAUGAGAUCUCAGAUGAUCUCAUGGAAUGCUGGAGCACACUCGUGACGCAACCAAAGCCAUCAGCUCUCCAACAAGCCCAGCAACUGGCCUAUGUCAAAUACACAGCCCCAGUCCCAGAUGCAGAUGCAGAUGCAGAUGGGACUCCUUCAGGAGAACACAGGGCCAACCGCACGAUCAUCACCUGCGAGUCACGCGGUCUGAUCCUCUCCGCAGGAACUACAGGCUUCCGCACCUGGGAAGCGGCCCUGCAUCUGGGUUCAUUCCUCUCCACGCCCGCCGGGCAGGCUCUCGUGCGCGGGAAGCGGGUCAUCGAGCUCGGCGCCGGCACGGGCUUCUUAUCCAUGUUCUGCGCGAAAUAUCUCGGCGUGCAGAGCAUGGUCGCGACGGACCGCGAGCUGGGCCUCAUCCAGAAUAUCCGCGACUGCAUGCGGCGGAAUGAGCUUGACCCUGCUAUCUUCCAUCCUUCGAUUUGGGAGUGGGGGACACGCUUAUCUUUGACGCAGUGUGAGCCGGAGGACGAAGGCGACGCCGCGGUGUCAGGCAGCGGUGAUCUGGCCUUUGAUGUUGCACUCGGUGCUGACCUGAUCUACGACGUCGACCUUGUCCCCCUCCUGCUGUCCACCUUCCGCGACCUCUUCGAAAACUAUCACCUCCGAGAAUUCAUUAUCGCCGCGACGCUCCGGAACCAGGAUACCUUCCAGACGUUCCUAAAGGCCUGUCAAAUGAACGAUUUCCAGGUGGAAUGCAUGCCGUAUCAGUCUCCCGCUGCGGAGAUGCAAACGGGUUUCUUCCAUUCGACCAGUAUUCCCAUUCGUACGUAUCGGAUAACCAGGCGUGGGUAA